AUGGCUUUGUUUGCCCGCCGCGGCAUUGUUAGACAGGCACGUAAGGCAAAGACAGAGAGUAGCGAUGAGGAGGAAGAAGAGCAGCAGCAGCAGCAGCAAACACCUCGUGCAUGCGUAUUGAAGGCAGCAGCAGCAGCAGCAGCAGGUCUUCCCCCUCCUCCCCAAGUGACUGUUGCUGCAGCAGCAACAGCAGCAACAGCAGAUAGUUUUCGUCAUAGCGCAGCAGUAACAGCAGCAAAAUCGCAUGCAGCAGCAGCAGCAGUUGCUGCUGCUCUCCCUGCAGAGCUGCAGCUAUUAGAUAAUACAUUUCAGAGUGCCCUAGAGGAAUUAGAUGAGGAGGAUUCACCGCAGCAGCUGCUGCUGCAGCAGCAGCACCAGCAUCUGCAGCAGCAGCAGCAGUUGCUGCAGCCUGGGGUGGUGCAGCAGCAGCAGCAGCAACCUAAAAAGAAGCUUCUUGCUGCAGGCGCAUGCGCUGUUGGUAGCAGCCGAGUAUUCGUCCAGCAACAGCAGCAACAUCAGCAACUGCUGCAGCAGCAGCAAGCAGCAGCAGCAGCAGCAAGAGCACAGCGCCUUAGCUUUGGUCUUGGUGAAGAAGAAACACCCCAAGUACGCGGUGCAGCAGCGGCAGUAAGGGAGUUUCUUGAGGAAGAACUGCCUAGCAGCAGCAAAACCCCACGAAGCUCUGCCAAUAAGAGCAGCAGCAGCAGUAGUAGUAGUAGCAGCAGCAGCAGCAACAAGGAUAAUAGGCGCAGCGGAAGCCGAGACCCGGAGGCAAGAAACAAAGGCAGCAGCAAAGAUAGCAGCAGCAGCAGCAGCAAGGAUAAACCCUUGUUAGUAGUAAACCCCCCAGGCAGUGUGGGGAUUGUCCUAAGGGCAACGCAUGCAAGCACCAGCAGCAGCAGCAGCAAGAGCAGCAGCAAAAGUAGUAGUAGUAGUAGUAGUAGUAGUAGUAGCAGCAGCAGGGACAGCAACAAGGAUAGCAGCAGCAGACGCCACGAGUUCACUCCUAGAAGUAGUAGUAGUAGCAGCAGCAGCAGUAACAGCAGCAGCAGCAGCAGCAGACAGUCAACAUCAAGGAGCGCUGGUUCUUCUGGUUCUGCUGAUCGGCCUCAAGGAGCAUCACCAGGAGCAGCAGCAGCAGCACCGUCAGCAGCAGCAGCAGCAGCAGGUGGCCGUGGUGGUGCUGCUGAGCCGCGUAUCUUUUCUUUAGCAGAGCUAGAAGACAGGAAAUCUGCUGCUGCUGCUGCAGCAGCAGCAGCAGCAGAUGAUGGAGCAGCAGAACUCCCUUUUGCUGCACUAGCACAGAUGGCUCGUCGUUCGCGGCAGCAAGCAAGAGCAGCAGACAUGAACAACAGCAGCAGCAGUAGCAGCAGCAAAGGGGGUACACCUAAUGUGUCCUGUUUUGGGGAGUAUACAGAGGAGGAUGAAGCAACAGCAGCAGGUGUCAGCAGCAGCAACAGCAGCAGCAGCAGCAGCAGCAAGAGCUGGCUAGCUAGGGAGGCCAUGCUGCAGCUGCGCGGUGUCCCUUUGCUGCAGCAGCUGUCUGAGGAAUCAGAGCAAGCAGCACUAGAGGCAUGGGAAAGAGAGCAAAUCAUGAAAGGGGCUGGAAGGAAGCAGCUGCUGCUGCAGCAGGAGAAGCUUGAGAGACGGCAGCGCCAGCAGCUUGCACAGCAGCAGCAGCAGCAACAGCAGCAGAUCCUCAGCUCAUUUAGUGGCAUUCCUGCGCACCAGGAUACAAGUGCUGCUGUUGCUGCUACUGCUGACAGCAGCAGCAGCGGCUGUCACAUCAAGCCUGCUGCUGAACCUAGGAAAGCAGCAGGAGGAGCAGCAGCAGGAGCAACAACAGCAGCAAGCUGCUUCGCCCAACUAUGGGCUAGUGGCGGCGGCGGCAGCAGCAGUAGCAGCACAAACAGCAACAAUGCAGAGCAGCAGGCAGCAGCAGCAGUUGCAUGGAUUGAGGAGCAGGCAGAGAUGCAAGCAGACGUGCAACAGCAGCAGCAGCAGCAACAGCAACAGCAAGUACAUAGCAAGAAGGCAGCAGCAGCAAGAAUGGCAGCACUUGAAGUCAAGCAACUCAAAAUGGAGCGACGGCUGCAGAAACUGCAGGAGUUUUUGAUGUACAUUGAAGACCUCAGCGGCUGCAUCUAUGAGAAGAAGCCCGCGGUUAAGAUGGCGGUGGAGGCCCUCCAAAACCUCGAGACAGAAGACGCAGACAGAACGACACAGCGGCGUUUAGUGGAUAUUGGCCGUUUGCUGCCCGAACGAUUUGAUGAAUUCGGCAGAAAUUUAAGUCUACAAAAAAGAAGGAAAAGAUAUGGGCCUAAGCUGAAGCAGCAGCAGCAGCAGCAGCAGCAGCAGCCAUUAGGUCGUGUCUUGCGUCAGUUAAGGAAGUCUCCUCAUCCUGCAUCUCCUGAAUUAAUAGAGACCUUUGCUGCAGCACGAAAAUCAGCAGCAGCAGCUGCUGCAGCAGCAGCAGCAGCAGCAGGAACAGGAGCAGCAG